UACAUGUAUAUUACAGUUUUUUUUCUUGAGAAAAAUCAGUCCUUCCGCACUUUCAGUUAUACGAUUAGAUUAUCCGUUUAGAUAUUUUCGUGAUAAUCUUAAAAUCGAAUAUGGGUAAAUUCAUCACGGAUAGACUACUAGUGCCCAUAGGAAUCCUGGCACUCCUGGUCUAUAAAUUUCAGUGCUUCUGAUCAUCGUUAAUUUGAUUCUUCUGGCUCUUUUCUCUUCUAAAGAAGUGAUCAAUUACGUCAAAAUGGCCGGUGGUGUUAUCGCUUCGUCGGAUGGACGGGACUAUCCGGGCAAACUCACUUUCAAGGUCUUCAUGACAUGCGUAGUCGCUGCCACGGGUGGCUUGAUUUUUGGUUAUGAUCUUGGAAUUUCAGGCGGAGUUACAUCCAUGGACUCCUUCUUGGAAAAGUUUUUUCCCGCUGUAUACAAAAAGGAGGCAGCGGUGAAACCUUCUGAUGAUCAGUACUGCAAAUUCGACAGUCAGACAUUGACUCUGUUUACUUCGUCCCUAUAUCUUGCUGCCUUGAUCGCAUGCAUCUUUGCAUCAACCAUAACCAGACAUUUUGGGAGGCGGACUACGAUGCUUUGGGGUGGAAUACUUUUUUGUGUUGGUGCGCUUGUCAAUGGCUUCGCUGAUAGGAUCUGGAUGCUUAUUGUUGGCCGUAUGCUACUUGGUUUUGGCAUUGGAUGUGCAAAUCAGUCUGUGCCAAUUUACGUCUCUGAGAUGGCUCCAUAUAAAUACCGAGGUGCUCUCAACAUGAUGUUCCAAUUGGCAAUUACAAUUGGCAUCCUCAUUGCCAAUCUUCUGAACUACUUCUUCUCCCAGAUUGAGGGUGGUUGGGGAUGGCGCUUGAGCUUGGGUGGUGCCAUGGUCCCUGCUUUAAUUAUCAUUAUAGGUUCGUUUUGUCUUCCCGACACGCCAAACUCUCUCAUAGAGCGUAACCAUUACGACGAGGCCAAGGAACAACUUGUGAAGAUCCGAGGUAUUUCCAACGUAGACGAGGAAUUCAAUGAUCUUGUGGCGGCCAGCGAAGCCUCUAAAUUAGUAAAACAUCCUUGGGCUACCAUUUUCCAAAGGAAGUACAGGCCUCAACUCACAAUGGCCAUUUGCAUUCCCUUCUUCCAGCAGCUCACUGGCAUGAACGUGAUCACCUUUUAUGCUCCUGUUUUGUUCAAAACCAUUGGUUUCGGAAGCAGUGCUUCGCUCAUGUCUGCUGUGAUUACCGGUAGUGUUAAUUCUCUCGCAACCCUGGUUUCAAUUUUUAGUGUUGAUAGGUGGGGAAGAAGGACCCUUUUCCUUCAGGGUGGCGCUCAAAUGUUCAUAUGUCAGGUUAUAAUUACAAUAGCAAUUGCUGCUAAAUUUGGAAUGACUGGAAACCCGGGUGAAUUGCCGAAGUGGUAUGCUUUUGGAUUGGUGUUCUUCAUCUGCAUUUACGUUGCUGGAUUUGCAUGGUCAUGGGGUCCUCUAGGGUGGUUGGUUCCCAGUGAAAUCUUCCCACUGGAAAUCAGGUCUGCUGCUCAGAGUAUCAAUGUCUCCGUGAACAUGAUCUUCACCUUUGCCAUUGCACAAGUCUUCACCUCAAUGUUGUGCCAUCUGAAGUUUGGGCUGUUCAUCUUCUUUGCAUUCUGGGUAGUGGUAAUGAGUUUCUUCAUUUACAAGUUCCUGCCGGAGACUAAGGGUGUCCCCAUUGAAGAAAUGUCAAUUGUGUGGCGAAAUCACCCUUACUGGCGCAAGUUUGUUGAUUCUGAAGAAGACAAGAGUACUCCUUCGGGCGGCCCUGCAUCAGGAGAUAUUCAGAUGGGCAAAAGGGUCAAUAAUGCUUGAUCAAUACUGAUAUGCUUAAUUAUAAGUUUUUUCAUUCUCUUCAUGUAUAUAACAAUUACUUAGCUAGCUCCCUAUUUUUUAUUUCUGAAUUUGGAUCGAAUCGUUUUGUUAAACGAUGAUCUUAUUUUGUUUUAUUUUAUUUUCAAAUAUCAUAAGUAUAUUUUAUUUU